UCCGUCACUUAAUAGAUUUUAGCCUCUGGGCCAUAACUAUUGGCUGUGAGGAGUCCACUAAAAAGAAUUGGCGCAGCUGCAUAACACUCAGACCAAUAUAAAUGAGGGGAGCAAUGUGCUCCUCAAAGACACCCAGCGCCUCUCACCCACUCGCUUCUUGAGCCUGCUCCCAGUUUCCGAUCCUCAGUCCCAUCAGUAUCUGAACUCCCGAAGAUAAUGGAAUCUAACCCCCCAACCCACACGUCAAGCGGUCGAAAACGACCCAGAACUUCCAUUCAAGAGGCAACCGUGAUCAAAUAUGCCGAAGUGAACCCCAAGAAAACCAACAACAAUAAUGACCAAGGGAUCCUCAACAAAAUUCAAAAAUGUCUGAGUCGUGCCAGACACGCAACCGCAAAUGAAGGAGAAGCAAAAGCCGCUCUGUUCCUGGCACAGAGGCUGGUGGCCCAGUACAACGUCACGCAUGCAGAUUUGAUGGCCGAUGACAACGUCGCGGACAAAGCGCAGUAUGGCGGUCGGAGCGUGGUUUCCAUCCACAACGCCAUCGAUCGCACCAAGCGAGCCAUAAGGGAGACGUUUGUCAACAAGUUAGCCAGCGCAAUGUGUAUCCUUUACGAUUGCAAAUGCUAUUCAAUGGAUAGGCGGACCUCCAUUGAGUGGUCUUUUUUUGACAUUGCGCCAAACACAGUCACGGCAGCAAGGGCCUUGGAAGCGGUGCAUAACAAGACGCUUCAAUGGGCAUGUGCGUACAAGGGAGGGACGCCAACUUUCAGUUAUCGCAUUGGCCUUGCGGAUGGACUGGUGAAUAUGGCCUAUCGGACCAAGAAGAGAGAGAUAGGUGAUUGAGCUCUCCGAGGACUUAGUCUCUGGGGAUAGCGAUUUGCAACCCCAAGGGGGACACAACUGAUGCUCAUGCUGCGUCUGCUGGUCCACUGACCCAGGAACAAAAAGGCCGAAUUUCCAACACCUAAAGUCCAGCCUAGACAUGCCAAUCUCCAAGUCGUAUACAUCUAUUUCCAAUCCCCUGCUCAGUUCCGCUUUUCUACGAAACAACAGAUGUCGAUAGCCCAGCACGGAUAGUCGGCCUGGCCCAUCAUCACGGGCUAGUUCUGAUCCUGCACCGGAACAUCCUGAUGUCUGGAAUCUGUUCCAGAUACGGGCUCUGGCCCAUU